AUCUCAAAAGCGCAAGAAGCCACCAAACGUGAUCUUCUAGCUAUACUGUGCGUUGUCGUUUACGGGUACCCUUUUGACAUAGGAUAAAACAUGUUGGUAGUUGCUGUCCUACUUCUAAUUACCCUGAGCGGCUGCGCUCAAGGUGCUAUAGAUGCUGAUAAAGCAGCGGAGCUGUCAAGAAAAAUUAGAGAGCAUUAUCGGGAGACAGGAGCAAACUGGGUUUCUCCAAAAAUGCUGCGAGAGAUGAACCUCACCCGCAACUCCAAGCCCAUCAUGUACGUCCUCAGCUCCACAUCGUGUGCCGACUGCCGGGAGUUCCUGGCCAGCUUUAAAAGCAUCCACCCCACCUCGCUGUCCUCCAUCACCUCCCAGUUCCUGUCGGUGCUGGCACUGGACGACUAUGUGCUGGAGAUGGGGCCCGCCUUCUCGCCCCCCAAGUCCGACUACCUGCCCCGGGUCUUCUUCGGGGACUCGGAUGGCCAGGUCAACUACGACUUCAUCAAUCCCAACUCCGAGGCCUCCGCGCCCUUCUACUACUUCUCUGCAGAGGAGCUGGUGGGCGCCAUGCGCCGCUUCCUGCAGCAACACCGGCAGCAGCUGGGGAGCGACGUGUAUCCGGCGGACCUGCAGCAGGACAUGUGAGGGGGCGGCAGCAGGACAUGCGGGGAGGCGAAGGAGCAGGAGUAAUUAGGUCGGGGGUGCAUGGGUGGGGGGUGCCUACUGGGAACCACAUGCAUGGGGAAGGUGAGGCGUGUAAUGCACGCGAGGCGGCCAUGCAGGCUGCACUAAUAAAGCCAGCAGAGCAGGCGGCAUGGCCGUUGCAAAUAAAGAUGCUGGAUCGUGAGGUUACAGGCGUGCGAAUACCGGUAUUGGGAACCCUCUUUAAGGCCCGGUUGGACUUCCAGCCACGUGGCGGCCUGCUAGGCAGCAGGUGCAGGAUUCGAAUGCUUCAUGUGUACCACCGCAGUUCUUGUUUGCGGUAAAACCCAAGUGCACGUACGACACCUUCCAUCUCCGAAUGUCCGGGUACCACCAAUACAAGCAUCAAACCCACGGGUGACCCACGGGUCACCUAACGCGCCACCUGCUACGUCCUUCUCCCUCUCCAGCCAGCUUGCCCAGCCAGGCAGGAGGGCUACGUGAAACGUAAUGGGACAUCUUAUCUUCGCGCUGCCGCCGCGUAUCAAUGCAUCCUUAGUCAUGAUACUUGUCAAGAUACCAGUCAAGGUACCCGGUGCGUCCCGCGCGUAAUGUACAACACACAACACAUCCGAAGCUUGGACCAGCUGGAA